AUGGAAAAGCAAAAGAAUUUUAAACUGUUUAUACCUCCAAGAUACUGCGGCAGCCAGGUGUCGGCGGUGAAGCCCCAGACCUUGGGGGGAGACUUCAAUUUCUUCAAGAGUUUCAGCAAAUGUUUUGAAGAAGAUUUUGACUUUCCAUUUGCAAAGACUAAUCUCUCCAAAAAUGCGGAAAGCAUUGAUGCAGAUCCUGCUUUACAAAAAAUUAACUUUUUGCCCAGGCUUGAGCAGUUUGGUAAUUCUGACAGUUGUCACUAUCAGGAAGGACUCAAAGACUCUGAUUUUGAGAAUUCAGAGCCAAUAAGCAGACUAUAUUCAAAACUAUAUAAGGAGGCUGAAAAGAUCAAAAAGUGGAAAGUGAGUAUAGAAUCUGAACUGAAGCAGAAAGAAAAUAAGUUGCAAGAAAAUAGAAAGAUAAUUGAAGCACAGCGAAAAGCCAUUCAGGAACUACAGUUUGGAAAUGAAAAAGUAAGUUUGAAAUUAGAAGAAGGAAUUCAAGAAAAUAAAGAUUUAAUAAAAGAGAAUAAUGCUACAAGGCAUUUAUGUAAUCUACUCAAAGAAACCUGUGCUAGAUCUGCAGAAAAGACGAAGAAAUAUGAAUAUGAACGGGAAGAGACCAGACAAGUUUAUGUGGACUUAAAUCAGAACAUUGAGAAAAUGGUAACAGCUUUUGAGGAACUUCGUGUGCAAGCUGAGAAUUCCAGGCUGGAAAUGCAUUUUAAGUUAAAGGAAGAUUAUGAAAAAAUCCAACACCUUGAAGAUGAAUAUAAGAAGGAAAUAAAUGACAAGGAAAAGCAGGUAUCACUACUGUUGAGCCAAAGCGCUGAGAAAGAUAAUAAAAUGAAAGAGUUAACAUUUCUGCUGGAGGAAUGCAGAGAUAAAGUUUCUCAAUUAGAGGAAAAGACAAAAUUGCAGAAUGAAAACUUGAAAGAAUCAAAUGAGAAACAGGAUCGUUUGACUUCAGAACUGGAAGAUACUAAAGUGUCUUUGCGAAGAAAUGUGAGUACUCAAAAGGCUUUAGAGGAAGAUUUACAGAUAGCAACAAAAGCAAUUUAUCAGCUCACAGGAGAAAAAGAAGGUCAAAUGGAAGCAUUUAAUAAAGCUAAAGCUGCUCAUUCAUUGACGGUUACUGAACUUAAAACUACUAUCUGCAACUUGAAAGAAUUAUUGGAAACAGAACAGCAAAGAUUGGAGAAAAACGAAGAUCAAGUGAAAAUUCUUACCAUGGAGCUUCAAAAGAAAUCAAGUGAACUGGAUGAAAUGACUAAGUUUAAAAAUAACAAAGAAGUAGAACUUGAAGAAUUGAAAAAAACCUUGGCUGAAAACCAAAGGCUUUUAGAUGAGAAUAAACAAUUUGAGAAGAUUGCUGAAGAGUUAAAAGGAACAGAACAGGAAUUAAUUGGUCUUCUGCAAACCAGAGAGAAAGAAGUACAUGAUUUGGAAAUACAAUUAACUGCCACUGUGACAAGUGAACAGCAUUAUUCAAAACAGGCUAAAAAUCUGAAAACUGAGCUAGAAAAUGAGAAGCUUAAGAAUACUGAAUUAACUGCAAGUUGCAACAAGCUUUCACUUGAAAAUAAAGAACUAGCGCAAGAAACAAGUGAUAUGUCCUUAGAACUGAAGAAACAGCAAGAAGAUAUUAAUAAUAGAAAAAAGCAAGAAGAGAGGACAUUGAAACAAAUAGCAAAUCUGGAAGAAACAGAAACACAAUUAAGAAAUGAAUUGGAAUCUGUAAGAGAAGAGCUAAAACAGAAAGGAGAUGAAAUUAAAUGUAAAUUGGAUAAAAGUGAAGAAAAUUGUAACAAUUUAAGGAAACAAGUUGAAAAUAAAAACAAGUGUAUUGAAGAACUUCAGCAGGAGAAUAAGGCCUUGAAGAAGAAAAGUACAGCAGAAAGCAAGCAACUUAAUGUUUACGAAAUAAAGGUCAGUAAAUUAGAAUUAGAACUAGAAAGUGCCCAACAAAAUUUUGAAGAAAUGACUGAGAACUAUCAAAAAGAAAUUAAGGACAAAAAAAUAUCAGAAGAAAAUCUUUUGGGAGAGGUUGAGAAAGCAAAAGUAAUAGCUGAUGAAGCAGUAAAAUUACAGAAAGAAAUUGAUAUACGAUGCCAACAUAAAAUAGCUGAAAUGGUAGCACUUAUGGAAAAACAUAAGCACCAGUAUGAUAAGAUUGUUGAAGAAAGAGAUUCAGAAUUAGGAUUUUAUAAGAACAAAGAACAAGAACAGUCAGCAGUGAAAGCGUCUUUGGAACUUGAACUAGCUAAUAUUGAAAAUGAACUUUUGUCUGUUAAGAAGCAACUUGAAAUAGAAAGAGAGGAAAAAGAAAAACUCAAAACAGCGGCAGAAGAAAACAUACUUAGUCUUAAAGAAAAAAAAGACAAGAAAACACAGACGUCUUUGUUGGAAACACCUGAAACUAGUUAUCAGAAAUUUGAUUCUAAAGCAGCUUCUUCACAAAAUUUAUCUCAAAAUUUCACAACAGCUGAUCAUGGCAAAUCCAAAGAUAAAAGAGACUAUCUAUGGACAUAUGCCAAAAGUUCUUUAUCUACACCAGUACCAAAGGCAUUUACAGUGAAGACACCAACAAAAAUGAAAAUACAGCAAAGAGAAAACAAGAAUGUACCCAUCGAAGAAAGUACUAGAAAGAGAAAAAUGGUCUUUGAAUUUGAUAUUAAUUCAGAUAGCUCAGAAACAACUGAUCUUUUGAGCAUGGUUUCAGAGGAAGAGACAUUGAAAAAAGUAUACAAGAACAGUAAUCCGUCAACUAAUCAUUUUUAUGACAGAACACCAAAAAUGACUUCUCCAUGUCUAACAGCCUCUGGAUCUUCAAUGAAGGUUGGAAGUGUGAAAAAAAUUCAGGAGGACCGUUGGGCUAUAAUCGCUAAAAUGGAUAGGAAAAAAAAAGUAAAAGAAGCAGAAAAGCUGUUUGUUUAA